AGGUGACCGCCGGCCCCGCCUCCAGCCUUGUUGCUGGUUCCGCGCUUGGGCGGUCUUGCCUGCUCCGCGGCGGCGAGCGGCAGGGGAGGAGAUGGCUGCCACCUUGCAGCGCAUAGAACGGCUGUCCAGUCGGGUGAUUCGCGUCCUAGGCUGUAACCCGGGUCCCAUGACCCUGCAGGGCACCAACACCUACCUGGUGGGGACCGGCCCCAGGAGGAUCCUCAUCGACACUGGAGAACCAUCAGUCCCAGAAUAUAUCAGCUGUUUAAAGCAGGCUCUGACGGAAUUUAACACAGCCAUCCAGGAAAUCAUAGUGACCCAUUGGCACCGUGAUCAUACUGGAGGCAUAGCAGAUAUUUGUAAAAGCAUCAAUAAUGACACUACCUAUUGCAUUAAAAAACUCCCACGGAAUCCUGAGAGAAAAGAAAUUAUAGGCAAUGGAGAGCAACAGUAUGUUUAUGUGAAAGAUGGAGAUAUAAUUAAGACUGAAGGUGCCACACUAAGAGUUAUAUACACACCUGGCCACACUGAUGAUCAUAUGGCUCUAGUCUUAGAAGAAGAAAAUGCUCUGUUUUCUGGAGAUUGCAUCCUAGGGGAAGGAACAACUAUAUUUGAAGACCUCUAUGAUUAUAUGAACUCCCUGAAAGAGUUAUUAAAAAUCAAAGCUAAAGUUAUAUAUCCAGGACAUGGCCCAGUUAUCCAUAAUGCCGAAGCUAAAAUUCUACAGUACAUUUCUCACAGAAACAUCCGAGAACAGCAGAUUCUUACAGUAUUUCAUGAAAACUUUGAAAAGUCAUUCACAGCAAUGGAACUUGUAAAAAGUAUUUACAAGGAUACUCCCGAGCAUUUACAUAAAAUGGCCCAACAUAAUGUCUUGCUACAUUUGAAAAAAUUAGAAAAAGAAGGAAAAAUAUUUAGCAACGCAGAUCCUGAGAAGAAAUGGAAAGCUCAUCUUUAGUUUCAGCUUAAUGAAAGAUUAUGUUGUUUUGAUUUUGGAGAAUGAGAUGUUCUGUUAACUAUGAAUUAUUUACAGAGAAUAUAGCCUGUGGAACACUGAAAAUAACCCUAGAUAUACUUUUAAAUAACAUUAUAUCUUUUCUAAAAUGUGUAAAUCACAUUUUGCACCUACAAUAUUAGCUAUUUAUCUAACCAAGCUCUUAUAACAUUUUACCAAAAAUGCAGAAAUCCAAUUGUUUAUGCAUUUUCAAUAAGCAAAGUAACGGUUUCUUUUAAAAUAAUAAGUUUUAUGUCAUUUAAACUGGAUAUUAUUUUUAGAGAUCAUUUAUCUAUGACCAGUGGUCAGUAAUACUUUUUUUUCCCAGCUGCUUCAGUUAACAGCACAGAUGUCAAUGUCAUCCUUCCUUUUCUACAACCUUUGUCUAUAUCAGUAGAUUAGAGGCUUGUUUUCAUGUUUCUCUCGAUCAUAUCAUGAUUAAACAUCAACUCUGUUCCUCUGUAUCGUAUGUAUUUUCUUCUAAUGGCAUCCUACAAGUGAUUCAUGUAAAUCAACGUUUGGUAAUAGAAAAGCAUUAAAUUCCCAAUUAAAGUCAUUGUGUAUAAAUAA